UCGCAAACCCCUCCCUUACCAGCUCGAGCCCAGUCACAUUCCUUUCAUGUUCAAUACUGAGCAGCAACAAGCAAUUGCAACAAUGUGAAUUUCAACUUCGGAUAUUCGAACAUCUUUGAGGCAAAAAUUACAGAAGGAAGAUUGGGUUGGAACGAUCCGUUUAGAAUGUCAACGUAUGGAAUUGAGAGGGGUUGUUUUUAUUGCAGGUGAGAAUGGAAACAUAUGUCGCCUGUUGCUCCGCAGUUCCGUUACACGCGCAGCACACACACACCAUGAGUUCAACUGGUGGCAGGUCCUGUUAGACCUGAACAGACCGUGAGRGUGUUGGUGGAGGCUCAUCAGUCUCCAGUAUGGAGUGUUUGGUAUGAGCCGUGGCCGGUCUGUUGGUCCUUGGGCCGGUCCAGUGGUGUGGUGUCCCUGUCCCUUGGCGGGAUGCUGAGGGCUGGUGGUCCCCACCAGUAUGACUCCCCUGGACCUGUGGCUGUCCCGCUCCAUCCCCAUGUGCCUGCUCCUCCAGAGCCUGGUCCUCAUGGCCCUGUGCUUCCCCUCCGCCUCCAUGUGUCCCAAGGGCUGCGUCUGCCAGCGGGCCCGACCCGACCCGGGCCUCCACCUCGGCCCGGGGCCCCUGGGGCUCUUCCUUGGCCUCAAUGUCACCUGUACCGGGUCCCGGCUCAAAGAGAUCCCCCCGGACCUGCCUCCAGACACCGCCGUGCUCCGCCUCGACCACAACCAGAUCAUGGCCGUCCCCGACCAUGCCUUCCGGGGCCUGAGGCUGCUGCGGGAGCUCAACCUGUCCCACAACGCUGUGGAGACGCUGGAGGAGGGUGCCUUCAGUGGCGUGGAGGCCACACUGCAGGUCCUCGACCUCUCACACAACCGCAUCACUAGCGUGCACAAGGAUGCAUUCGCCCGGCUCAAAGCGCGGGUCCUGGUGGAUGACAACCCCUGGCACUGUGACUGCACCCUGCAGCAGGCACUGGGCGGCAUGGCCCACAACCACGAGGCGGCUGCACGCGUCCUCUGCCGGAGCUCCGAGCUCCAGGAGCAGGAGGGCCGCCAUUUCCUGGCGGUGGACACGGACCUGUGUAACCUGGCCAAGAGGACCACGGACUACGCAAUGCUGGUGACGAUGUUCGGCUGGUUCGCCAUGGUCAUCUCCUACGUGGUGUAUUACGUACGGCAGAACCAGGAGGAUGCCCGGCGACACUUGGAGUACCUUAAGUCGCUGCCCAGCAAGCCUGUGAAGCCCAACGAGGUGGAGGACAUCAGUACUGUGGUGUAACAGGACAUCAUCACUACUAGACACUAUAGGACAUCAGUACUCCAGUGUGACAUCCCUGUAGUGAGAACUGACAUCACUAUAGUGAGAACUGACUGUAUACAAUAUAAUUAGAUUGCCUAAUUAGUUCUAGAAUUAGAAUGACUAAUUGAUUCUAAUUCUAUGCAUGAACAGCAGAAGUUCAGAACUAAACCCGGAGAUAUAGGACCCAUAUUUCAAGAUGGAUGUAACGUCUUCUGUUGUGAAAAUGUUUUUUUGAUGUACUCAAAAGAAAUCAUGAUAGAUUAAACCUGGAUCCUUGCGUUUGAAGCUUCACACCCAAUAUGUGUUAAUUACAAAGGUAAACACUGAGAAAGCCCAAUUUUUAAAGAAGAGAAAUGCUUAAACGUUAGUGUUUGUCUGCAGAUGUCAAUCUAAAGUCAAGCAUUUUGGAAUGCACAGUGUACAUGUGCAUAGACAACAGCAGUUAGUUCAGAUCACAGUAACAGAAGGGUAAAGUCUAUAGGGAUCUGUUCUGAGAUUGUUUUGAAAAUCUGAAUCUCAGGUUUAAAUUUUGAUAGGCUGAUAAGUAUUUUUUUAGAGCAAAAUCUAGAGAAAUGGUUUUUGGACAACAUUUUUGUAAGGUAAUGAUAACAGGCCUUUGAUCUAGAGAGUGUUCUGUGCUUGUGCAUCCAACUGCCUACUUUGUUUAAUUUAAUUUGAAUAAAUAACAGGCCCCAAACAUCAAUCAUGAAACUUACCUUUACUUUCCAAAUGUGAAAUAAUUAGAAUCAAUGAUUUGUUAAAAUGAUCAUGACAUCACCAAUGUUGAAAAACUACUGAUGUGCUGUAAAAAUACUAAACAUUUCUUCCUUAAUUUUGUCAGGUCCCUGUACUGUAUGUUCUUGUUGUCUUGAAAUGACAAAGUUGAUUCAUUGCAUCUUAGUAGAUUUGUGAUGGUCAGAUAACGUAGCACAAUGGUUUGGGGUAGAUAUCAAAUCAAAUGACUCCCAAAAGAGUCGGUAGAUUUAAGUGAUUCGUAUGUGUGUCAUGUGAUUUACCAGUACCCUAGUAGUGUCCAAGUUCUCAAGUCCUGAGAACCAACAAGCGUUUUGUGUUACAUGUUAACACAACACAUACACAACAACACCCAAAAACAAUACUGUGCAUUUGGCUUUUCCACAAAACUCAUUUGCUAAGAUUUUUAAUGACUCAGUCUAUGCUUCCUGAAAUAGAAUACAUAUUCAUAUUCAAAGAAAUGUGUUUCACACAAAGAUUCCUUUCUCAGCCAAAGUGGAGAAAUACUCAGUGUCCCAAAUGGGACCCUAUUCCCUACAUAUAGCCCUAUGGGCCCUGGUGGAAAGUAAUGCACUAUGUAGAGAAUAGGGUACAAUUUGGGACACACCCACAGAGUCACAAACCUGUCGAUGGGAAGACUGUAAUAAUUUCAACACAAACAUCCCCUUUCUGUUCAGCCCCCAUGCUGCGUUCAGAAUGCAGAUAGAUGCAUGCAUCAUUUACCUUGCCUUUAAUAACACUGUGUGUAGAGUUCUAUCCCCAGCAAUGUGAGAAGAGAAAAUUGCAGCUGUCAUUCGUUUAAAUGGCUUUCACUUGCAUCACAGUGACAUGGGUUCACUAAAACAUCCCAUAGAGAGAAAGAUGGAGAGAGAAGGGAGGGGGAGGGCAGGGCAGGGCAGAGAGGGAGAGGGAUAGAAAGUGAGAGAGAAAGCGAGAGAGAGAAGGAGAGAGGAUAGAUAGGUGGGCAAAGGAGCGAUAUGGGCAGGAGAGUGAGAGAAUGAAAAAAGUAAAAGCUUCUUUCCAUAUUCAAUGUGGUUAAGAAAUUAUGUAUUAUGUACAAGGAAUGUUUACACAGUUUAGAUUUUCCCCCCAGUGCUACAAGGUGGCCAGUUCAUUUGGAAGGAUUUGAUGAUAUGAUGAGCACAGGUAGUUACAACAGGUUGUAGUUACAACAGGUUGUAUUUACGACAGGUUGUAUUUACGACAGGUUGUAUUUACGACAGGUUGUUACAACAGGUUGGAGUUACAACAGGUUGUUACAACAGGUAAUAGUAACAACAGGUAGUAGUUACAAUAGGUAGUAGUUACAAAAGGUUGUUACAACAGGUUGUAGUUACAGCAGGUAGUAGUUACAACAGGUAGUAGUUACAAAAGGUUGUUACAACAGGUUGUAGUUACAGCAGGUUGUAGUUAAAACAAGUCGUUACAACAGGUAGUAGUUGCAACAGGUUGAUAGACAAGUAGGCCUAGUCACAACACACGUUUAUCAAACUAAAUGUAAAUAGGUACAUUGUUGUUGUGUGCGAGAAGGAAUUUGAAAUCCAUUUAAUAAAUUGUUGUAUUUGAAUGUUGUGCUACUGUACAGCCUUUUGCGCUGUCUUGUCCUGCAGAGCAGAGGCCAUGAGUUCAUGUCUCAUGUAUUUGUAAUGGGUUUAGGAGAGGAGACUUUUUCUUUCAAUGCAUGUACCCAUACCGCAAAUGAAAAAAAGCACAGUGUAGCCAAGCCAAGGACUCUGGAAGAAUAUUUAAAUAAGUGCCUGAAAAACUUCUCUCACAUUUUCUGUUUCUCAUUUUAACCAAAUAAUUUCACAUUCAGAAUUGUUUUCUGGACAUGAAUGAAAAAAGCACUGCGCUUCACAGUCAAAGGUUUCUGUGUUUUGGAAUCCUUUCAUGUCCAGCAUAGUGUAUACAGAACCAACACAAAGGAGACAUUAACUCUGUAUGGUUUGUCUUUGAAAGAGCUGAUAGAAAUGAAAUGGACGUUGAUAUCCUAGUUUCCCACCAUCUAAAUAAAGAAGCAAAAAUGUGAAAGUAGCAUAAAACAGAGAGAAUGUGGUUGUUGUUUUCUCUGCCUGUCCAUUUUCUUUUUCUUUUUUUAGACGGACAAAACAUUGUCUGAUGCUUUGUGAUAAAACUCAAGACCAAGCACUGAUACAACCAUCCACACGUUGUAAAGGCAUGUCAUUAAAGGAAAUAAAGGAAA